CUCUUCUCUCUCUUUAGUUGGUGAUGGAUUGAGCUGUGAGGAGGGGUUUGGGGGAGCAAAGCAAUUGGAUGGAAUCCUGUCCAGCGAAUCCGAGGAAGAGACUCCUUCAGUUCAGAGAGAAAAACGGUCCAGUGCUGAUUUGUACCAACGGAGAGACACCGAAACACACAAGUGCUGACCGUUGCAUGCCUGUGCGCCUUUCGGUGCGACAAGAACCGAAAGGGACGGCGCCUUCAUAAGGGAGCGGUAGUCUUCGCCUACCUUCCUGUGCAAGAGGAGAAGAAGAGAAGGUCACUUUCUCCUUCCCGCAAGCAGCCAUGGCGACACCAAAGUCCAGGAGACGAGCCAGCACGCUAGCAUGGUCACGGCAGGUCUUCUUUAUCUUCUUGACCAGCGUCUCGAUGAGAGUGCUAUGUACACCAGCACCGCAACUUACAGGCUACAUUCACUUGGUGACAAAUUUGGAAGUCUGGACCACACAGGAUAAGCAAGGGCGCAACAUGACAUGCACAUACACGUCACAGAUCAUAGACAAUGGAACCGCAUACCCGAUCAGCAUCUCACGUCCCAUACAGUGGUAUCUGAAUGGUUCGAUACUGCCGGUGACUGGAGCUGAAUACUACAUCCCCGGCGACUCUGUGUCUGCUCGAGGAAGGUACACAUGUCGUGUGAGCUACUCCUACAGACGAAAAAAUGAGCAAGGCCGGCACUCUUUCGUGGAGUUUUCUCGCGACUUGGUCCUUGUCAGCACUCAGUUCGAGUAUGAUCAGGUGCUACGGCCACGUUUCGUCAACGCCUCGCUUGAACCACCCUACGGCGUGGAGAUUGCAUCCUCCAAGAUUCGUCUGCAGGCUGGCGAUUACAAGCUGUUUGACUGUUUGGCCACGGCACGGGCCCUUGAUCCAUUCGCACCCAUUUCCCCACUCUAUUACGAUGUAUUUCACAAUGGAACGCGGCAAUAUUCCAGUGCAGUGUUCACGGUUGGACCUGUGCAGCCCAAUGACGCUGGCCAGUGGCAGUGUGUCGUACGUAAUGCCUACGGCACUAUCCGGCACAAUUUCGUCGCCACUGUGACACCGGGACCACCAGGUUUCAUCCCCAUGACACCUCCUCGCACCUCAGAGCCUAGAACAUCAUCGGAAGAAAUAUCAAUCACCUCAUCAGUGUCCAGCUCUAGCGUCCCUGUGGCCAGCACCGGAGUACAGUCCAGCACACCCACAUCUGCAGUUGAGAACAUGCCUCAACCGGAGUCGGAGAACAAUGGAGCCACCUACGUAGUGUACGCCCUGGGUACAAUGGCUGGCCUGGUGACAAUUGUGCUUCUGGUUCUGGUGGUGCAGAAGAUUCGUUUCACCAUCAAUGCGCACAAUGCUGGCAAGGUACAUGUAGCACCAAAUAACAACAACACAAAGACGUGUCUUGUUGACGUGGAGAACGCCAUAAUACAGGCACACCCGAGCGAACAGCAUGAUGGCAACGUCGGCGAACUCAGUGAACCUCCACGCAUCAGAAAAGCGGAUGAUACAGCGCACCAGAGAGAAGAUGUCUCACCCAGUGCUGCUCAGCAGACUGAACAAUUGACAUUACUUCCCGACACAUCACAGUGCAACGAUGCAGCGGAAAUCAGCAGUGUUAAUGUUGUUGAUUUCAAAGACUCAAUCCAACCCAACACCGCUCCUGCACCUGAUAUCAAAGGCACAGACCAAGAACAUGGUGACGCAAUCGGUACUUCGGAAACGACUUCAUGGCGGCAAAAACCAGAAUCUCAACAGCAUCCCAGAUUGCUUAGCACCUCCAGCAGGAACAGCACCGCACCACUGCUAGCGGAGAGACAAAUCUCGAGCAGCGGUUCAGACUGUUUGGAAAGUCCAACUAUUGGCCCCGACCACCCUUGCCUUGUUGAGAAGGGUGGUGCAAACGCUUCCACCACGGAUGCUGUCGACAAAAAAGUUGUUGUCGGGAAGGAUACAUCAGUUUAGCAUGAUCAAGUACACGGUCCAUGAAUGCCAGAAACUAGUGCCUGCAUGUCGUUUCACAGUACCUUGCAUGGUUUACAUUCAAAUCGAGCUGCAGCGUAGGGAGCUCAGAUAAAGGAGAACGCCAAGAGGAACGCCUCAGAUUUAAAUACUAGUAAUAGAAGGUCGCUAGCCAUCUUCUGGUGAACUCACUGAGACUACUAAAGUAGCAUAGCACUCUGCUGGCCAGAUAUAGCUACAGUCAUGAGCAGUUCUCAUAUUCCUUGUCCUCGUCAAAAUUGAUUUUAGAUUUUUCAAAACACGCCUUCGUGUACACCUGGUUAUCACCAAUAUUUAAUUCCUAAAUUCAAUCACCCCACCAAGCCCCAUACUUAAUUUUGUUGACCAAUUUUUGAGAAGAGACACAUAGCUACAUCUAUACAUACAGCGUAGUACGUUGUCGAAUAAUCGAGUAGAACAAGCUAUGAUUUUGUUAAUUUUAAGAAUUUGACGGUAAAUUCAUCUAAAACACAAUAGAUGAAUAAUGUUCACACAAUACCCAUCGCCUUAAGGGAUAGAGCUUUUUAAAACACACAGAAUGAAGAGCAAGGUUUCAUGUGCUACAGUUCUGCUCAAUGAAAUCCAGUCGCGAGAGUCAAGUUUGCGGCGUGCACCUUUUCACAGCCCAGUGUUCGCAGGUCUAGGGCUGCGCAACGCGUUAACGCCCGGUGUGUACUUGAGAGUGACGCGACUGGAUUUCAUUGAGCAGACAGUACAGAUCUUAUGUGCAGUAAAUUCUUGUAUGAAUGAAUUUGACCUUGGGUUCUACAUCAACUGGUACCUAAUGCUAAAGCCGGCUUCUUGCUAUCUGCGUAUUUUGCGUGCAUCCCACUUGCCUCUGUAGCUUCACCGGAA